GAUAAACACACAGACUAACACGCACCAGCUGGAUUGCUCGCAGACACGCGCCACAAGCACCGAGAGACAAGACGCCGCACAAUCGGCCGAUCGCGGCUCCGGUUUCUCCGAGAUCCUCUUUUCGACGGGCUCACUGUCAUCUGUCAUUUCAGCGGGGAAACGGCCACCGAGAGAGAGGGGCAGGUGUGCCCUUUAAGAGGGGGAGCAGCUGAGGCAAGGACAGCAUCCGAGUCUCCAUCCUCCGUGGAGGUUUUGCAGUUCCGAAGAGGGCAAGAAAGAGGGGCGGUCUGUCAAAGCUCUCCGGUUUUCUGUUCUCGCUCCUUCCACCUGGAAAUAGGCUGCAAUGGUUGGCAGUAUUCAAAGGCCCAAACCUGUCUGAGUGAGCCCUAUGAACAGUAGAACCAAUGGACAUCAAAGGCCAGUGUUGGACAGACGAGGAGUCGGACGGAGAGAACGAAUCGGAACAGUUCCUGUACGGCAUUCAGGGGAGCUGUGCUGCUGACCUGUACCGCCACCCUCAACUGGAUGCAGAUAUUGAGGCAGUAAAAGACAUCUACACUGACAGUGCUGUCUCUGUUAGGGAGUAUGGAACCAUUGAUGACGUGGACAUCGAUCUUCAUAUUAACAUCGGCUUCUUAGAUGAGGAGGUUGCGACAGCUUGGAAAGUUAUCAGAACAGAGCCCAUUAUUCUGAGACUGCGCUUUUCUCUUUCUCAGUACCUCGAUGGACCUGAGCCGUCAGUGGAAGUGUUCCAGCCCUCCAAUAAAGAAGGCUUCAGUCUGGGCUUGCAGCUCAAAAAGAUCCUGAGCACGUUCACCUCACAGCAGUGGAAGCACCUCAGUAAUGAGUUCCUCAAGGCCCAGCAGGAGAAGAGGCACAGCUGGUUCAAAGCCGGAGGAACCAUCAAGAAGUUCCGCGCCGGGCUCAGCAUCUUCUCCCCCAUACCCAAGUCUCCGAGUUUUCCUCUGAUCCAAGACACAGUUUUGAAAGGGAAGCUGAGCGUCCCUGAGCUGAGAGUGACCCGCCUGAUGAAUCGCUCUAUCUCGUGUACCAUGAAGAACCCUAAAGGGGAGCUCUUCAGCUACCCACCGAACAGCCAGACUGUGGCUGUCCCGGCGGCCAGGGCCCCAGCGCAGAUUACCACGAGGCAGCUGAUUGAAUUGUUUUUCUCAUCCCAGGCGGGCGGCCACUGCAAGAACAUCCCUACCUUGGAGUAUGGCUUCUUAGUGCAGAUAAUGAAGUACUCAGAGCAGAGGAUCCCCACGCUCAACGAGUACUGCGUGGUGUGUGACGAACAGCACGUCUUUCAGAAUGGAUCCAUGCUGAAGCCGGCCGUGUGCACCAGGGAGCUGUGUGUGUUCUCCUUCUACACUCUGGGUGUGAUGUCCGGAGCUGCAGAGGAAGUGGCCACCGGAGCAGAGGUGGUGGAUCUGCUUGUGGCUAUGUGUCGAGCUGCUCUCGAGUCUCCCCGCAAGAGCAUCAUCUUCGAGCCCUACCCGUCAGUCGUCGACCCCAAUGACCCCAAGACUCUGGCCUUCAACCCAAAGAAGAAGAAUUAUGAGAGACUGCAGAAAGCACUGGACAGCGUCAUGUCCAUUCGGGAAAUGACCCAGGGCUCAUAUCUAGAGAUCAAGAAACAGAUGGACAAACUUGACCCUCUGGCCCAUCCUCUGCUACAGUGGAUUAUUUCCAGUAACAGGUCCCAUAUCGUCAAGCUGCCUCUGAGUAGGCAACUGAAAUUCAUGCACACCUCCCACCAGUUCCUGCUGCUCAGUAGCCCCCCGGCCAAGGAGGCUCGCUUUCGCACUGCCAAGAAGCUGUACGGCAGCACCUUCGCCUUCCAUGGUUCCCAUAUAGAGAACUGGCACUCUGUUCUGAGAAAUGGACUAGUCAAUGCCUCUUAUACCAAACUGCAGCUGCAUGGGGCAGCGUAUGGAAAGGGCAUCUAUCUGAGCCCCAUCUCCAGCAUAUCUUUUGGAUACUCAGGGAUGGGGAAAGGACAGCACCGCAUGCCCACCAAAGAUGAACUGGUGCAGCGUUACAACCGAAUGAACACCAUACCGCAGAGCCGUCCAAUACAAUCAAGGUUUCUUCAAAGUCGAAACCUGAACUGCAUCGCUCUGUGUGAAGUGAUCACAUCUAAGGAUCUCCAGAAACACGGCAACAUCUGGGUGUGUCCAGUGUCCGACCACGUCUGUACUCGCUUCUUUUUUGUGUAUGAGGACGGCCAAGUAGGAGACGCCAACAUCAACACCCAGGAGCCUAAGGUCCAGAAGGAGAUCAUGCGUGUGAUUGGGACCCAGAUCUACUCCAGCUAAUGGAGGUUCUCCAUACGUCUCUCUGGCAGAGGCACACAGGCAGGCAGACAGCGAAUGUUUGGGCGAGCUGACCUCGGGCCUGACGCUGAAGGCCGAGGGAGCUCUUGAGCACAUUAUUUCUAAAGUCGUUUUGUUCUGGUCCUCUCAUUUUCCUCUCUCUCCUUGGUCCUCGUCUCCGGGUGGUUCUGUGUUGAUUUGACCUUCAGUUAGGUUUAAAGUCGUUAAAGUCGCUCUGCGUUCCUCAGCUCACGUCACUUUCCGACAGAAGCGCAACACGCUGACGAAGCGGCCACUGGUGUGGCUCUCCACGCACACACACACACACACACACACACAUUUUCAAACCCAGGGUCGACUGGGCUUUCUCCUUUCUCGCUGCACCUUUACUGAUCCUUUGGGCUAAGUAUCUCUAUCAUUUGUCUUUGUGAAUAUCUAGUAAAAAAUCAUUCCAAAUGAUAAUUAGAUCCCUUUGUGGCAAAUAAGAGCUGGAUUUACAUGCACAUAGAAGUUUGUUCUCUUAUUGUGUUUGCAAAGGCGUUAUCUCUGAUGCGUUUAUUUAAUAUUCUUUGACUAAUGACAUGAAAUAAGGUCUGUGACAUGUUUAUCUGAGGGACAAGCUCUGCUCUGUCAUUUUGUCCGUGUUCACUGGACGGAGCUCCCAGAAUCCAAAUAAGCGAGGUGUGGCUGGAACUCCAGUCACAUACACUAUGGGCACUUUGAUCAAGUGUAACAUUUGAACAGUAUUAUGAUUUUUUUAUUAUAGAAUUAAGACGGUUCUGAUUGAUGAUGCACUUUCACAGCCCCCAAAUGUCAAACAGAGUGGACAGACGCGUAACAUGGCAACAGGGGUCAUAAAAUUUCCUGACAGCUCCACUUAUUGAUGCUUUUGCUGUUAAUGUGAUGAAAUGAUGCUCUGUAAGGUAAAAGGGCUGAUCCCACUGAGAACCAACAAUCACGUCUGAAGUUUUUUGAACUCUCGGAUGCUUUUGCUUCAUCGUUUUGGUUUGCAGAGGUUAGCUUGUGAUCCUCUGGCCUUCACUCCACAGUCAUUUCUCUGCCUGUCUUGAAAGCUGAAAAAAAAUUGUGUCAUUCACUGUACUUACUAGAAGGCAGUCUGACGUUUUGAAGACAGUAAAACAGACAAUAUUUUGUCAUUGCUCGUGAGGUUUUGACUGCAUUCAUGUUGAAGACUCUUGGAUGCAGUGAAUGUCACAGCGUGUCGAGGGGCAGUCGCAGUGAGUUUAGCGUCUCUCUGCUCCUGAGUUGAAGAUGGAGGAUGUAUCAGGUUAAAAGCUUAAGCCGGUCAAAUUGAAGCUGUGAGGUUUACUCCUCAACUACAGCAAUAUCAAUACAGUAUAACGAUGAAAUUAUACAUAUAAGACCAUCUUCUCACUCUGAAAUAAAAAAGAAGCAUUUGGACUGUGUAUGUGUUAUAUCCGUUGCCUAUGUUCUAUGUUCAGAAAACAACCACAGUCACGUGCAGUCAUUUUGUUCGAGUACUCCUCAGUUUUUUUCUUUAAGUGGUGGAUAUCUCAUUUUGAACUCAGUCUCUUUGUCCAUGAGCAACACAUCCCAUUAAAUUCCCACCCUAAAAAUCCACUGUACAGAAAAUUAUGGAGAGUUUUACCAAACUAUCUACUGACAGUAUCCAGUCCAGGUGAGCUCACGUCCUCCCCGGCCCUGACUGACGGACACUGGAUGAUCUAGAUCUGCAUUAGUGUGCAGCUCCAUGGUUUCACCCUGGAGAAUGGCAACCUUGUAUAGCUAAUCAAGUUUAUCAGUUAGUCAUGUACUGUAUGUAUGUAUGUACGUGUGGGUUUGUAUUUUCUUGACAUUAUACUAGACAUUGCACUUAUUCAAUGUUUGCCUAACCUGGAGUAAUGGACUGUCCUCGGACCUACAGCGGACGGGUUGUGAAGGAAAAGGGGAGAGAGAAGUAUUUAUGGAGUCAACAAGACUAUAAUGUCCAACAUCUUAACCAUGUCUGUACUGAGAUGGGCUUUCAGUGUCUCCUGGAACUAAAAAUUCUGACUACUGAAUGGACUUCGAGGCACUGAAAGAGAGCGAAUUGUAAAUAAGGACAUUGGAGACCUUGUUGAAAUGUGUUGUCCAAAAAGUGGGGAGUGGACAUGUACAGCUUAUUGUGUUGCGGGACUGUCCUAAUAGCUGAUGCCUGUUUUCCCCAAGAGGUUUGAGCUACGAGUCUAUUCAGGCUCUGUUCUCUGGCUGUCUGUCUCUGGUGAGUAAUGUUUUCAAAGAUGAUGUUGACGACAAUGAUGGUGAUUUCGAUGGCGAUGAAAGGCGACGAUGCAGGAAAAAAA